AUGAUAUUUAAUUUUUUAAUCUUUUACUCUGCAUAUGGAGUAUCAAUAAGUUUAUUCAGAAAAUAAAAUCUAGAGGUUACUAAUGCGUCAAAUUUCGAAGACCUUAUAUUUUAUGGAUUUGUUGAAAUAGGAACUCCACCUUAAUUAUUUGCACUAUAGUAUGAUACUGGAUCUGAUAUUAUGUGGGUGCCUUCUGUUAAAUGUGAAAAUUGUAAAUAGACAAUUAAGUUUUCUCCUAAUGAUUCAGAAACAUUAAUAUAAACUAAAAGACCUCUAACAAUUUAAGUAUAAAAUAAUUUCAAAUUCAGUAUCCUUCAUCAUCAGUCUCUGGUUGGAUAGUAGAAGAUUAUGUUGGAUUGUUAGGAUCAAAUAUUCAUUCGUUUAUUCCAUUCUUAUUAGUCUAAAAUUAGUAGCAUUUCGAAUAUGAUAUAAUUUAAGGAGUGAUGGGAUUAGAUAAUUAAAUAUCUGUUUAAAAUAUAUUUGAUAUUGCUUAUCAACAAGGCCUUAUAAAUAAUUCAAUAUUUGUUUUAUAAUUAAAUUAGGAGCCAUAUCAAUCAAGAAUUUACUAUAAUGUUACUUAAUAAAAAAUAUAUAAUGGAACAUUUUGGAUCAAUUCAAUUAGUAACCACUAUUGGGUAAAUUAAUAUUGAAAUACUUAGGAAAUUACAGUGAAUUCAGUUUAAAUUAGAGAUGAAGUGAUUAAUUUAAAUAAAUAUAAUUGUGCUGUUUUAGAUAGUGGUAGUUCUUGUUUGUAUCUAACAGAUGAAGUAUAUAAUACAAUUUUGAAUUCAUUGCUUAUUGUAUGCAAAAAGACCUUAAUGAUUAUAGAAUGUCCUUGCCAUCCUAAUGAAUAUGAAGAAUAAUUUUUACCAGAUAUUAUUAUUAAUUCAAAUGGUAAAAAGUUUACAAUCUCUUAUAAAAGCUAUAUAUUAUAAGUAAGUGAAUAUAAUGAUUAUUGUUAAAUAUCUCUUAGAUCUAUUAAAAGAUUUGGUGAUUUAUUUGAUUGCAUGAUCUUUGGAGAUCCAUUUCUAUUUAAUUAUAUAACAAUAUAUGAUAAAUAAAAUAAUAGAAUUGGAUUUUAAAAUUCAAGUCUAGAAAUUUGGGAUAUUACACCUUAGAUUAUUGAUGAAUAUAAAAUUUAAAUCACUGGAUUAACUUGGUUUUCAAUAACUGCUUAUUUCUUAAUAUUAGGAGUUCUUUUUUAUUACAAUAUAGAGAUAUUAAAAGCUGAGGAUCAAGAAUCAUCUAAUUAAGAUAAAUAAAGAGUUGAUAAUCAAUAAACUUUUGUAUAGAAGUAACAGCAAAUCCAAUAGUAAUUUUGA